AUGCAAAAGCGGGGAUGGGAAAACUUCAUUGAAACCGACAAACUCAACCCUGAUGUCCAAAUUCAGUUUAUUGAUGUCCAUCCCGAACAACCGCGCAAUUUCGCGAUAACAGACCUCAGUGUACCGCCUGUUAUAUUGAAGGAACAGAAAGCAUCAUAUCUGGUCGCGCGCGUCCGUAAUUUCAGCGAUGAGGCUAUUGAGAAUCUACCGGUUGGUCUGUUCGUAGAUGGAAAUAUGAUUCACACUGUCGAACUUGACAUUGAGCCGGACGACCUCGCGGAUGCUGUCUUCAGGGUCGACUUUCAAGACGAGGCGACACAUAUAGGUUGGGUUGAACUGCCUGAAGAUGCGCUGGGGGGUGACAACGAACGCUAUUUUACUUUGCAAAGCCUGCGCUCAAUCAAGGUUCAUGCCGUCAGGGACAAACCACGGACGCAAAAUCCCCAUCAACAUCUUCAUGGACAGACGAUGGAAACGUUUUUCAUGAAAAUGGCGUUCACAGCAGGAAGUGGCGCGGUGCCUAUUGAUUUUACCGAAUCAAGUUCGGUGCCGGGUGCGGCGGCACUCAGUCGCACCGAUGUUCUGGUGCUUGCCAAUGUAGCACAACUCUCUUCCGACGAAGCUGGACGCGUGGCAGAUUACGUUGCUUCAGGCGGCGGAUUGAUUGUGACAGUGGGUGAUAAUAUAGACACUGAUGUUUAUGAACAGCGUCUUGGUGGUGAGAUAGGUUUGAUGCCUUGUAACUUCGUCCGACCCGUCGGCGACGCUUUUGAUCGUCAGCAGUUUCGCGUCCUUGCGACAGUGAAGUACGAACACCCGAUUUUCGUUCCGUUCAAGGAGCCGAACCAUGGCGAUUUUGGUAAGGCGCGGUUUUAUAGAAUUUUUCAGGCGGUACCAACGGCAAAUGCUACCGUCAUUGCUUCUUAUGACGAUGGCAGUCCUGCACUCUUUGAAAAGCCUUACGGAAACUUAGGGCGUGUGCUCUGCUUUACCUCAACGAUAGACCGAGAAUGGAACGAUUUACCGAUUCGCGCCGUUUAUCUGCCUUUCCUGCAUGAAUCUAUUAAGUAUCUUGCACUUAAAGACGUAGAAACCAUGCCCGAUUACCGCGUCGGAGACUAUAUAGAACUAAAGGUUUCCCAAACUGAGAAUGAGAACAUAACCGAGAGCAGAGAGAUCGCGAUCUUCAAUCCAAACAACGUUGAGACGCGCUUCGGACGAAAUAAAGAUGUUACGCCGGCAGCAGAGAAUACUCCACAAGGCAGCGUCUUAUAUACAGACACGUCUGUACCGGGUAUCUAUUCAGUUCAUAGGUCUGGCACAGAAGUUACGGACUACUUUGUAGUCAACGUCGAUACCACUGAGUCCGAUCUUGCGGUGCGCGAUGUUGAGGAGCUUGCAAGCAUGCUGAAAGGCGCAGCGGAUGAAUUAGUCGAAGAUAAACCUACGGCUGAACUCGUGGCGCAAUACAAUGAAGAUGUAGAGAGGAAUCAAAACGUAUGGAUCUAUCUCAUGUUAGCAGUCUUUGCUUUAGCAGUAACAGAGAUGUUCCUCGCCAACCGCGUUUAG